AUGUCAACAGAAGGAAGUGGAGAGACUCUUUCGGCGAUACCGAAUUUGCCAGGAGCACCAGAGCAAACGUAUCUUUUUCCGAAAGUGAAAGGACAUUCGAGAUCCAUAAGUCAUGGAGGGAUGCCAAUGUUGGCUGGAAACCCAGCAACUGCUCGACCGCCUCUCAAAUCGGCAAUGCGGGGUCAUCAGAGGGCCCUGUCCCACGGUCAGAUCGGCGAAGGACAACGUGCCGCUUCUGGACCUGGUCACAGUCGAACCGGUAGUCGUACAGAUUUUAUUCUACCUCCAGGUCAUCGAGAGGCUGCUCCGGCGAGUGCUCAACCUCGCUUAUCAUCUGUACGAGGGCAUCACUCUCGUCAGGCAUCGCGCUCUGAUUCUAUCUACACUUUACGUCGAGCCUCUGUAGUGGCACCAUGGCGUCGUGCGGUUUUUUGGUUAAUGCGACGUCAACAGCCAGCUGUUGAUAAUAGACAUUUAAUAGUUAUUCCCAAUCAUCUUGUCCCUGACAAAACUCCACCUAAAGAUCAUCCAAAUGGACAGAGAUGCAAUAAUAAAAUCAGGACUACUAAAUAUACAUUGCUCUCUUUUAUACCUAAAAACCUCUUUGAGCAAUUCCACAGGAUUGCAAAUGUGUACUUUAUAUUUAUAGUGUUAUUAAACUGGGUACCAGCUAUUAAUGCAUUUGGCAAGGAAGUGGCUAUGCUACCAGUGUUAUUUGUGCUUGGAGUGACCGCUAUUAAGGACUUAUUUGAAGAUCGUCGAAGACACCUAUCCGACAAAAGAAUAAAUAAUUCUUUCUGUAGAGUCUACAAAAAAUCAGUGGAAAGAUACGUGAGAGUGAAAUGGAGAGACGUACGCGUAGGAGAUCUAGUCCACCUUUCUAACAAUGAAGCAGUGCCAGCAGAUAUGGUUCUGUUGCACUCCUCGAACCCUUUGGGGAUCUGCUACCUUGACACUUGCAAUCUAGAUGGUGAAACAAAUCUGAAACAGCGUGUAGUUGCGCCAGGAUUUAAAGAAAAACAACUAGAUUUCUCAGCAAUGAAGUUCAGAAGUUCUGUAGAAGUUGAACGACCAUCUACCAAAAUAUAUAGGUUUACUGGGACGAUUUCACAUCCAAACGGUUGCCGUGUGCCACUAAACUCAGAAAACCUCCUAUUGAGAGAGUGCACUAUUAAAAAUACCGAUUAUGUGGAGGGCAUAGUAGUUUAUGCUGGGCACGAAACCAAAGCUAUGUUAAAUAACGGAGGACCAAGAUAUAAAUGUUCAAAAUUGGAAAGGAAAAUGAACACAGAUGUUAUAUGGUGUGUUCUAGUCCUGCUUUUUCUUUGUUGUGCGGGAGCAGUCGGGUGUAAAGUGUGGUUAGAUCGAUACAGUUCCAUAUAUAAAUACACGCCAUUCAUCCCUCAUGCCGACAAACCAGCCUAUGAGGGCUUACUUAUAUUUUGGACGUACAUUAUAGUGUUACAAGUGAUGAUACCAGUAUCUUUAUACGUUACGAUAGAAAUGACAAAGCUCUUGCAAGUUUAUCAUAUUCACCAGGACGUCGAAAUGUACGAUUCGGUAACGAAUACGAGGACGGAAUGUCGAGCUUUAAAUAUUACAGAGGAAUUGGGGCAGAUAAAUUAUUUAUUCAGUGAUAAAACUGGGACGCUAACGGAAAACAAGAUGGUUUUUCGGCGUUGUACAGUUGGCGGAGUCGAUUAUGAUCACCCUCCGGGACCUGACGCAGAGCCUUCGACGUCUCUGCCUCCAGUUGUCACACCUAUAACUAAAGUAUCGCCAAACAGAAGAAUGCUCCAACACUUACUCGACAGUAAUGACGCUCAACACACUCAAAAGGUACGCGAGUUUCUGCUCAUCCUCGCCGUGUGCAACACGGUGGUGGUCAGUCAGCCACAUGUCGACUCGAUGCAGUUGUCCGGCUCAAGCAGCGAACAGUUCCAUCCACAGAAGACUUCGCGAGCUAAUGGCACUUUACGAUCAAACGACAAGUACGCUAGAUUAACUGAAUCUCGGUCCACCACGCCGUCGCCUCCGCCGUCCACAACGUCUCCACUGCGCCUCCGCUUACCGAAACUACCGUUCGGCAGUCGGGAGGAAAACGUCAGCGAACCGAGCACGUCGGCUGAAAUACAGUUAGCACGUUUCGAAGCAGAAAGUCCGGAUGAACUGGCUUUAGCUGAGGCCGCAUUAGCUUAUGGUUAUGAACUGAGAGGAAGAUCACCAGACGAAGUUGAACUGGGAAUACGCGGGGAACUGUCUAAAUUAAAAGUCCUUCGAGUGCAACAGUUUGAUUCAAACAGAAAAUGCAUGUCGGUAGCGCUCAGGACGCCUACUGGACAGGUAGUUUUGUACGUGAAAGGCGCAGACAGUACAGUCCUCGGGGCACUAACGCCGAUGCGAGCGGGCUCAGCGGAAGCGGCCGCUUACGAGAGGACUCGUUCGUUAUUGAGCGAGUACUCGCGCGCGGGUCUUCGUACGCUGGUCAUGGCUAAACGUACGAUGCAGCCGGCGCUCUGGGAGGAAUGGCUGGCCGGUCACGCUCGGGCUGCGGAAAUUGGUGAAGGUAGAGAAAAACGCUUACGAGACUCACUCGCGCGUUUAGAAAGCGCUCUAACACUUGUAGGCGCAACAGGCGUAGAGGACCGGCUGCAGGAGGACGUUCCGCGCACGGUGCGGGCGCUGCUGGACGCCGGCAUCGUAGUGUGGGUCCUCACCGGCGAUAAGCCUGAAACUGCCAUCAACAUAGCGUACUCCGCUGCGCUGUUCUCUCAGAGCGAUAGGUUGCUGCAUCUCAUGUCGAGAGAUAAGGAGCACGCCGAGUCGACGAUCAAGGCGUACCUGGAGGUGGGCGGCGCGGCGGCGGGCGGGCGCGCGCUGGUGGUGGACGGCCGCACGCUCACCUACAUCCUGGACCGGCGCUCCGGCCUCGUGGCGCCCUUCCUGUCGCUGGCGCGCCGCUGCUCCGCCGUGCUCUGCUGCCGCGCCACGCCGCUGCAGAAGGCUUACAUUGUUAAGGCGGUGAAAGAAGAACUAGGAGUUACGACACUGGCUAUUGGCGACGGAGCCAAUGAUGUCUCCAUGAUACAGACGGCUGAUGUGGGAGUUGGUCUGUCGGGCCAAGAAGGCAGGCAGGCGGUGAUGGCGUCGGACUUCGCGCUCUCCCGCUUCAAGUUCAUCGAGCGGCUGCUGCUGGUGCACGGCCACUGGUGCUACGACCGCCUCGCGCGCAUGAUACUAUACUUCUUCCUCAAAAAUGCC